CAACAUUAAGUCUUCUAUUAGCUUUCCCCAAACAUCCACCAUUUUUAAGAGCUCUUCCGAGUUCCGCCGCAGUAUCCCCCUUCUAAAACCCCAAAUUAACCGCCAUCUCAAACCCCCUUCCAACCUUCAACAAAGUUUCUCAACUUUUUAUUUUUUCAAUAUGAUUUUUUUUGGAACCCCAUUUUCAUUUUGAUCAUACUAUACAUUAUACUGGAUGGUAACAUCAUAUUCCAUGUGGGUUUCAUCUAUAAGGUCAGUUUCUUGUAGAAAUUUGAUUAAAAAUUCUUUCUUUAUUCGUCACAAUUCUGCUUAUGCUGCUGCUCAAUUAAAUUCUUGGUUUACUGAUUCAAGUUCUGAUGAACAUGUUACUAGUAGCAGUAGUAGUGAUUUAGAGGAUCAAUUACACGAAUUAGAUACAAAUAGAGUAAUUGAAAAUUUGAAGAAUUUGAGAACUAACCCAAAUCAGGCUUAUUCAUACUUUUCUAAUGUAAAGGAACGUGGGUUUCGGCACAAUGUCGAAACUUAUGGUUCAAUUGUUAGUAUUAUGUGCAAUAGGGGUUCUGUUAGAAUGUUGGAUGCAUUUUUGUUGGAGGUUAUUAAGUCGAAUUCCAACGAAUUGGGUUUCGAUGUUUCUGAGUUGUUAGAGUUACUUGAGGUUGAGAUGACUACUUCAGUGCUUAAAGUGAUUGAUGCCUUGGUGAAGGGCUAUGUUAGUUUGGGUAUGUUUGAAAUGUGUAUAGAUGUUUUGUUUCAAACAAGAAGAAAGGGUUUAAAGCCUAGUUUGUUUACUUGUAAUUACCUUAUUAAGCGCAUCAUUGAGAAGGGUGAGCUAGAUACGGCUUUGGCUAUAUACCGGCAUCUUAAGAUGAUGGGUUUGAAUCCGAAUGUAUAUACCUAUAAUCUUAUGAUUGAGGUGCUGUGUAAAAAGGGUGAAUUUGAGAAAGCAGUUGAAAUGUUUGAGGAGAUGGAAAAAGCCGGUGUCAACCCAAAUGAAUAUUCUUAUGGCAGUUAUAUUGAAGGGCUUUGUUCAGUUCAAAGAUCUGAUGUGGCGUAUAAAUUGUUAAAAUCCGUCGAUCCUGUUGAUAGUUUUAGCUACACCAUGGUGGUUAAUGGUUUCUGCAAUGAAAAUAAACUGAGUGAAGCUGAGGCUGUUUUGCUUGAUAUUGAGAAGCAAGGGCUAAUGCUUGAUGCUUAUUGUUUUGGUGCUUUGAUUCAUGCAUAUUGUAAGAAGGGGAAUAUUGAAAAAGCAUUGUGUCUUGAAAGUUACAUGAUGUCAAAAGGUUUGAAAGUGAAUUGUGUUAUUGUGAGUUCCAUUCUUCAAUGCAUGUGUACUAAGGGACUUCUUACAAAUGUUCUCAGUCGAUUUGAAACAUAUAAGCACAAGGGGAUUUAUCUCGACAAAGUUUGUUAUAACAUUGUAGUGGAUGCUAUGUUUCAGUUGGGAAAAGAGGAAGAAGCCUUGGAGCUGCUUGAAGAGAUGAAGCGCAAAAACAUGGUCCCAGAUCAGAUUCAUUACUCCACUGUGAUCAAUGGCUACUGUCUAGAGGGAAAACUUGUUGAUGCCUGGGCCUUUUUUGAGAAAAUGAAACAUGAGGGUAUUCAACCUGAUAUCAUUACAUACAAUAUACUUGCAGGUGGUUUUGCUAGAAAGGGCCUUGUAAAAGAGGCUUUGUUAGUUCUUGACUACAUAAAAGACCAAGGUUUGACGUCCCUUGAUACCCAAAAUAAAAUCAUUGAAGGCCUUUGUGUAGGAGGGGAGGUAGAAGAAGCUGAAAAGCUUUUUAAUAGUUUAGAGAAGUCCACAGAUAAUUAUAAUGUAAUGAUUGAUAAUUACUCUGCUAUGAUUAAUGGAUACUGUGAAGCAAGAGAUACACGAAAGGCUUUUGGUCUUUUUGUCAAGCUUUGCAAGCAAGGUAUAUCUUUGAAGAAAAAGACAUGCUUAAAGCUGCUAAAUAGCCUAUGCAGUGAAGGUCAAUUUGAAAGUGCAUUUGUGUUGUGCAAUAACAUUUUGGGGGUAGAAGAGAAUACUCGCAUUAUAAUGUAUUCAAAGCUUAUGUUGACAUUGUGCAAUUCUGGAGAUUUAAAAAAGGCUCAUUUGGUGUUUGACAAGUAUAUCGAAAAAGGUUUGAUUCCUGAUGCCAUUAUGUACACGAUACUAAUAAAUGGGUAUUGCAAAUCGAAUCUUACGUUAAAGGCCUUUGACCUUUUAGAUGAUAUGAAACGUAGGGGUAUUAUUCCUGAUAUGAUCACUUACACAGUUUUGAUUGAUGGUUGCUUGAAGUGUAGUUUGGAGUCUCGUUCUCGCCCUAACAAGUUUUUGAUCGAGAAAGCAACAAUAUUGGAAUCAGAGAUGUUGAAAAUGCAGCUGAAGCCUGAUGCUGUCUGUUAUACAGUGUUAAUUGACAAGCGCUGUAAGUUGAAUGAUAUCCAGGAUGCCAUGAAGCUGUUCCAUGAGAUGAUAGAUAGUGGUAUACAACCUGAUAAUAUGACAUUUGCACCUCUACUUUCUGGCUGUCAUAGAGUACAAGAUUUGGAUAUAGCCUUGACCCUUUUUGAUGCGAUGGAAGAACUUGAUUUAAAGACUGAUGAGAAAACCAAGUCAUUGAUGUCAACAUUGACACAUGGUAUAGUGAAUGUUAAAAAAGUACCCCUCACGGCUUGAAUGCUCCUAGUAUAGCUUUGAAGGCCAGUCAAAGUCAUAAAAGCUCAAGUGUAAUGAUAGUGGCAUUGAGCAAUGUGAAGGACAAAUUUUGAAAAGUUAUAUGCAUAUUGUUGAUUGAUUAAAAAAAAAAAAAAGUGACACAAGUUUAGAAAAUUCUUUACUGUAUUAAUGCUUACUUUAUUAAUACUUAGAUUUGUAUGUCAUGCUUAUCAUUUUUUAAACUGCAGCUUCUGUAAGUUAGAAUGGAGAUAAACUUGCAUCUUCUGGGCUAGGUAUUUGGACUGUUAGAGGAGUAAUAAAUGAUAUUAAUAUGAAGAUUGGGCUGCACUAGGAUCACAUUAAUUCCUAUCCUCUUUGCAGCCGUUUUGAUUUAAACAUUCGAUUUCUUGGCCGUUUGAGUCUAGUUACAUUAGAUUAGGGUUGACAGUCAACUAUGUAAAUGAUGUAUCCAUGAAUUGAAUUUUUUGAACUUAUUUUGGUAGAAGAAUGAUACUGGUCUUUUUAAAUGCCAAGACAUAUACUUGAAGCUAGUGUUGGUCUUACAGUCUAUAAUUGUUCUAUUGUUGCUUAUUUGUUUUGUUGUCUUUUUUUGACUUGAUAUAAUGCCUUGUUUUGUGAUGAAAUGCCUUACCAAAAAAAAAAAAAAGAGAGAGAGAGAGAGAGAGAGAGAGGUGUUGGUCUUACAAGGAUUUUUCCUGUACUGUUAUUUAAAGUAUUUUUUUUUUUUUUUUUAUGUUAAUUUAGGGUCGGGUGGGGUUAGUACUAUACAUUAUUAUGUAUAAUCCAAAUUCUUCUUGUUUGCUGCUGAUGUUCAGGACUCAUUAUCAGAUUUGUGAAUAGUGAGUAAGAACUUCAUAGACGUGAAGGUGCUUAGUUAAUUGGAUUUUUUCCUCAGAAAUUUGAGCAUGAAUAAUCCUUUGGAGCCUUGAAGAGACGAAGGCAGCUAAUCCGUGCAACCUUGGAUCAGACAAUGCGUGUCUGCGCAAGGGAUUAGGGGUGCACUGCCUUACUCAUGCAUGUAACAGCCUUAAUCCCAAGAGUAAAAGUGAAAACCACCUAAAGUUUGGGAUCAGUUUCAGGUAUAAAACUUUUUUUCUUACAAAUUAGUAAAAGGUGACAAUUAUGUACCAAUGUCGUACCAGCAGAACCAUCAUAUACACCAAUUUACUGAAUCAGAGCUAAAACAUGUGCUUCUAAGCUCCUCUUAUGCUUCUGUGGAUAUUUAUUUUGUUAUGCAAACAUAUUGGUGUCAAAUUUUUGUAAUGCCAAGAAUAUCAUCAAACAGGUGGAACACAUGCUUUUAAAUAUUUUUGUGGGCUAUUAGUGUGACUUCUUAGUAAUCUCCAGUUUCUUGGGAGAGAUUUGUUGUUAUCGUUUAGUGGCUGGAAAGCAAAUUCUGUAUGUUUGCGACAAAUUAUUGGUCACAAAGCUACUCUGGGCUUUGUCUGACAAAAUUGAUAUAUUGUGGCUUAAGUGGGUGCAUUGUAAUUACAUUAAAGGAAAAUCAAUCUGAGAUGGGCUUAUCAAAAAUUCAAAAGUGACGUGACUAAGAUUACUUGGAUUCUUUGGAAUAUUUUGGCUUAUAGAGGCAUAAUUGAUUGGUGUGUUGUUCAGUUGACCUCUUGAAUGGGUUCCGUUUUCAAUGCAGUAUGCGUAUAUUUGUGUUUUGUAUUCUUAACCUGAAUUUCCUUGGAGGAGGAAUACAUGAAGCUUGCUAGUCGUAAAUGCAAGUUUAUUACAUUGCUUGUGCUAUGUUUAUGAUGCUGACCAUGGAUUAAUGAGACAAUUGUUUUUAGAUGCUCUUCUGGAAAAUGCCAUUUGGCAGAUUGUGCUUAAAAUUCUACAUUAUGUUAAAAUCUCUCAAACUUUUGAUAUAGAAGUGAAGUUACUCUCUCAGGAUUUGGGAAGAAAGAUUAUAGGGAUACGUACUGUUUGAAGUCAUAAAACAGAGAAUGUUAAUGUUGACUGUGAUCUGUCUGCAGGGCAGUUUAGUAAAACUAAAACAUCUUCUAUGUUUCUAGUAGAUGCAGUGAAUGGACGAGAGACCUGCUUUUGUGGUUGGCGCUUUUCUGCACCGAUAUGAUCUGUUUGCUGAUGGCCAGGACCAGGCCUGUGCUGGUUCUUCUCUGGUUGGGCUUCCCUUUUUCAUAGCACAUGAAGUAUUCCUGCCCUUGAAUUCUCCUUGUAUAUGGGUUGAGUUGGAAUGCUGAUGCUUGUGGGAUCUUGGCCUGCUUCGGUGCUUCCUGCAUACUUCAGCUGUUUUAUCAUCUUGGUUACUCUAUUAAGUUGAUUUGUUCCUGACUCCUUGUAUCUGGUUGCUACUUUAUGCUGUAAUGUUCAUCUGUUGUGGGAUUAAAUUUCAUUUCACUUGCCAAAAAAGAUAAAUUAUAUUUCUCAGAGUUCAACAUCCUGUAAACAAACAGCCAUAUACAGAGAUACCUCUUUCUGUAUCUAUGAUGCAAACAUUAGAACUGUAAUACAUACUAACAUUGCUACAGAACACAGCUUUUCUGGUAUUCUGUACAGCCUCUUAACAACUUUUUCCACAAAACAAUUUGCCAGGCUUCAUGAUCUUCAGUUUCUAUCAAUCCGCGCUGAACCCUUUUCUUAAAAUCUCUGGGAUCAAUGAUAUCUCAAGAAAGGGUAUUAUGGAUUUCCCUUUUAGGAAGGACUGAUGAAUAAAAACUUUUUCAGAACGUUUUAGUGCUUUAUGCUGUUUGAUAUCAAGCUGCAAGAUCAUCCUUUAUAUGUGAAGUAGUCAAAAGUUUAUGAUCUUUGGAUGCCUUGUUCUUUUUUUUUUUUUUUUUUUUUUUUUUUUUUUUUUUUUUUUUGUGUGUGUGUGUGUGUGUGUGUAUCUCAGCUUCAGGAAUAGUUUGAAUAUCACUGUUUUCUGGAAUUUCCCGUCCAUAAUCCUCAAUUACAACUGUCAGGAUGUAAGGUAUGUGACACACUGACUUGUGUUCUUUAUGUUGGUGUGCAAAUAUUGCAUUUCUUUCCAUAGGGUUAUUGAUGGCCUGUUUACUAGUUGCUACUAGCUCAUUAAUUGAUUUUGUUCUAUUCCACUUGAAAUAUAUGAGUACCAUAAUAAUUGUCAUGAUAGCACACUAUUCUCUGAGGAUUUGUAUUUUUGGAGUUACAACUCAUUUCAAUCUAUCUUGAUGAUAAUAAGCUCUAAUAAAAUAACACAAAAAUGCAUGAGUACUAAAAGAAUGAGGAUGCACUGUCAUGGACAUUCACAUAGUUUAUGUGUAAAAUAUUAUGCACUCAUUAUAUAUUUAUAUGUUAAUACCAUCAAUAACGUAGAUUACAUAUUUGAGAGGAGUGGAUAAGCAUUAUCAUGGAGUCAUGGACACUUAUACGACGUUGGUGCAAGUUACAUGUACGUGCAUGCAAUGGAUGGGAACACAGCAAGGAUUCCAAGGAAUGAUAUUAGACUUGGACCUUGAGAGUUCCGAUACACUGCGAAGGUUGCAAGAAGAAAGUGAAGAAAAUUCUC